AUGCAACCACAAUCUUCCACGUCGGAUCCAUUUGCUCUCCAACAUGACGACGAUCCUUUUGCCACAUCAGCCAUCUCAGAGCUGGAAAGACAAAAUAAUCCACUCCUCGAAAAUCAGUCGCCAUCGGGAUCAACGAAUAAUAACGCAAAUAUAAACAAGGAUGAUUAUGAUGAUACAUCGGAUACAAUUGAUGAACCCAUUUACAAAACGAUCAUGAGAGAUUUAACGAAUAUUGGAAGAAAAAUUGCUCUUGUCCUAGUUCCGGUUCGUGAUGAGCAGAAAAUACAACGAGAAUUACGAAAUUGGGAUUUAUGGGGACCUUUGCUUUUAUGUAUUGUUCUUGCUUUUACGUUGGGAUUUAGUGCAAAAGAAACACAAAAAGGAGCUGUUUUUGGUGGUGUUUUUGUUAUUAUUUGGCUCGGAAGUGGUAUUGUUACAUUGAAUGGUCAAUUAUUGGGUGGUACCAUUAGUUUCUUUCAGAGUGUUUGCGUGUUGGGAUAUUGUGUCUUUCCUCUCGUGUUGUGUAGUGUGGCUUUUAUUUUCCUUGAAUCAUUCACCAUCAGAUUCUUUGUGGUGUUGUGCUGUGUGAUUUGGUGUUGCAUCACUUCGACACUUGUGCUGACCCACAGUGUCAAACCAAAGAGGAAACUUUUGAGCAUGUAUCCUGUCAUUUUGUAUUAUAUUUUCAUUGGCUGGUUAGUGUUUGUUCAAUAA